AUUUUCUGCUCAAAAUUUGAAUUAUUUUUCCAACGUAAACAAAUUUUAUGACCUAUAUAUAAUAUUCUUCUUUCAUGUGCUACGUAAAAAUAUUUAUUUAUACAUCAUAUUGUCCCUUUCUCUUCUCAAUCACUCAAUUUAAAAAAAUAUUUUUUUAAGAUGGCACAAAAUGGUGCAGUUGAAGAGUUUCUUGAUGUUGCAGUUGAAGCAGCAAAGAAAGCUGGAGAGAUAAUUCGUGAAGGAUUCUACAAGACUAAGCAUGUAGAGCACAAAGGAGUGGUGGAUUUAGUCACAGAGACUGAUAAAGCAUGUGAAGAUCUCAUUUUUAAUCAUCUCAAAGAGCAUUUCCCGAGCCAUAAGUUCAUUGGUGAAGAAACAACUGCUGCUUCUGGAAAUUUUGAGCUGACUGAUGAACCAACUUGGAUAGUUGAUCCACUUGACGGAACCACUAACUUUGUGCACGGGUUCCCUUUUGUCUGCGUGUCUAUUGGUCUCACAAUUGGUAAGAAACCAACGGUUGGUGUUGUUUACAACCCAAUUAUUGAUGAGCUUUUCACUGCAAUCGAGGGUAAAGGUGCUUUUUUCAACGGGAAGCCUAUCAAAGUAUCUUCACAGUCCGAACUUGUGAAGGCUCUUCUUGCUACAGAGGCUGGAACAAAGCGGGAUAAAUUAACUGUUGAUGCUACUACAGGGAGAAUCAAUAGCUUGCUUUUUAAGGUCAGGUCCCUCAGGAUGUGUGGUUCUUGUGCAUUAAAUCUCUGUGGAGUGGCAUGUGGAAGGCUUGAUCUCUUCUACGAACAUGAAUUUGGAGGCCCUUGGGAUGUGGCAGGUGGUGCUGUGAUAGUGAAAGAAGCUGGAGGUUUCGUGUUUGAUCCAUCUGGUUCAGAACUUGACCUCACAGCUCGACGGGUAGCUGCUACAAACGCUCAUCUCAAGGACGCAUUUAUCAAGGCCUUGAAUGAAUCAGAAUGAGAUGGAAAAUGGAAAGAACUUACUGUCAGAACCGGUUCUCUUUCAUUAUUAAAUUGCAUAAAGCUACUCAAUUCUUGCCUCCAUCUCUCAGGAUUCAAGCGUUAUUUAGCCUAACAACAAUCAAAUUCCUGCCAUUUACGGCUGGUUGUUAAUUAACUAGGCAAGUCUACUGUACUAUUCUUUUCAAUAUUCAAAGACCUGAUAAUGGUAUAGAUUCGAUUCUUCCUGGAAGGCCAUUUUCUAUCAGAGACGUUAGUUUGUUUGAUGGAAAUGGACUUCAAUGAUAUAAAUAAUAGGACAGAUUUGGUUCUAUAGUACAAGAAGCUACCUGUAAGGCUCUUUGUUAGCUUCAGUGCUUCACCUUUGUCUUUUGCCUCA